AUGGCAUAUGAUCGUUAUGUAGCCAUCUGCAAUCCUUUACGUUAUGAGACGGUACUGAACAAGAAAGCCUGCAUCCGAAUGGCAACCAGUGCAUGGGUGGGUGCCCUAUUUUAUUCAGCAUUCUUUGCAGGAAAUGUAUUCACAGUGGAGUUCUGCUCCAGAAUCAUCAAUCAGUUCUUCUGUGAAAUCCCUCAGUUGCUUAAGAUCUCUUGCUCAGACUCAUAUCUUCCAGUAGUCUGGGCUGUUAUCGUUGGUUCUUGUUUAGCUUUUCUCUAUUUUGCUCUAAUUGUUUUUUCUUAUGUUCAAAUCUUCAGAGCAGUUUUGCAAAUCCCAUCUACCCAAAGGAAGCAAAAAGUCUUCUCUACCUGCUUGCCCCAUCUCUUAGUCAUUUGUCUGUUUGUGGUAAGUGGUAAUUUUGCAUACCUGAGACCCACAUCCAGCUCCCCGUCAACAUCAGAUCUCUUGAUUUCUAUGUUCUACUGUGUGGUGCCACCAGUGAUGAAUCCACUGAUCUACAGCAUGAGGAACAAGGAACUCAAAAUGGCAUUUUGGAAGCUGAUUCUCAAUAUCUGUACCCAUACCUUACAGAAAUAUUCUCACUUAUGCACAUUUUAG